AUGAACUGCAUUUCAGAUUUCUUCACCUACGAGACCACCAAGUCAGUGGUUGUGAAGAGCUGGACCAUUGGAAUCAUCAACCGAGCAGUUCAGCUUCUGAUCAUCUCCUAUUUUGUGGGGUGGGUUUUCCUGCACGAGAAGGCAUACCAGGUACGGGACACAGCCAUUGAGUCCUCGGUGGUGACCAAGGUGAAGGGCUUUGGACAGUAUGCCAACAGAGUCAUGGACGUGUCUGAUUAUGUGACCCCACCCCAGGGCACCUCUGUUUUUGUCAUCAUCACAAAGAUGAUCGUUACUGAAAACCAGAUGCAAGGAUUCUGCCCAGAGAGCGAGGAGAAGUACCGCUGUGUGUCAGACAGCCAGUGCAGGCCCGAGCGCUUCCCAGGUGGCGGGAUCCUCACUGGCCGCUGCGUGAACUACAGUUCUGUGCUCCGGACCUGUGAGAUCCGGGGCUGGUGCCCCACCGAAGUGGACACAGUGGAAAUGCCUGUCAUGAUGGAAGCUGAGAAUUUCACUAUUUUCAUCAAGAACAGCAUCCGUUUCCCUCUCUUCAACUUUGAAAAGGGUAACCUGCUUCCCAACCUGACUGCCGCCGACAUAAAGACAUGCCGCUUCCACCCUGACAAGUCCCCUUUCUGCCCCAUCUUGCGGGUGGGGGAUGUGGUCAAGUUUGCGGGGCAGGAUUUUGCCAAACUGGCCAGCACGGGUGGAGUUCUGGGCAUUAAGAUUGGCUGGGUGUGCGACUUGGACAAGGCCUGGGACCAGUGCAUCCCCAAGUACUCCUUCACCCGCCUCGACGGCGUUUCUGAGAAGAGCAGCAUCUCCCCAGGCUACAAUUUCAGGUUUGCCAAGUACUACAAGAUGGAGGACGGCAGCGAGUACCGCACACUCCUGAAGGCUUUUGGCAUCCGCUUCGACGUGCUGGUGUAUGGGAAUGCUGGCAAGUUCAACAUCAUCCCCACCAUCAUCAGCUCCGUGGCAGCCUUCACCUCCGUGGGAGUGGGGACUGUCCUCUGUGACAUCAUCCUGCUCAACUUCCUCAAGGGGGCCGACCAGUACAAAGCCAAGAAGUUUGAGGAGGUGAAUGAGAUGACGCUGAAAGCUGCUGCCUCGGCCAACCCAGUGUUCUCCAGCGACCAGAUCACGGAGGAGAAGCAGUCCACAGAUUCAGGGGCCUACUCCAUAGGCCACUAG